AUGGCAAGCUUUGAUACAGCUAAAGCUAUAUUUGCACAAGCUGAUAGGAAUCGAGACGAAAGUAUUAAUAAAAAUGAAUUUUAUAAUUGGAUUUCCAAUGUUGAAGGAUUGACUUCUUCAUCAUAUGAAUCAUCAACUAAUGGGCUUAAUCUUAAUGAUAAUACUAGUAGUCGAUUUGAUCAAUAUAAAUAUAAAGUUAGUUCUCAAAAUGCUUGGGAUUUUACGACUGAUAAAUAUACUCCAUAUGGAACUACUACAGCAGCAGCUAGUCGGUCGAUUAAUGAUGCAGUGAUUCAUACAAAUAGUUUAGAAGAAACGAAUCAAUAUCUUGAAAAAUUAGCUAAUAAUAUUUAUAAGGAUCCUAAUCCACAAAUUAUUCGACGAGCAACAACUGAAGCUCCAGUGUCACAUGAACAACGAGUUUUUGUUCGAUAUCUUCAACCACCAGCUGUUCCAUCACCAGGACCACUCAUUAUUAAAGAAGUACGUCCAGAACAACCACCACCACCUCCACCAAUUAUCAUACGCCAACAUGCACCACCUCUUCCUGCACUACCUCCACUUAUCUUACGUGAAAGGCCACCAACACCACCGGCAUAUAUUCCCAGUGAAACAGUUACUCAUUGUUUACCUGCUAUAUCUGUUUCACCACCAUCAAUUGUCAUCAAAUAUUUUCAACCUCUUCCAGAAAAGUCUCACAAUAUUAUAAUUGAACGAUGGAUUCCUUAUGAACCGCAAACUCAACGCCGCACGAUUAUUCAACGCGCUCGUUUUACUAUAAAGUAUCUACAACCAUCUUAUACUGUUGCUGGUUAUGAAGUUGUUCCAAUGCAUAUAGUCCGAAAAUUCGAAAAACUUUGUGUUCCCAAAGAAAAUCCUAACGAUUAUGUAACUCGUUAUGGGACACCACUUUUAGAUUCAGCAACGCUGGUUCAACAAGCUCGUAACGCUGGUGUUGUUGAAGAUAUAUCACUUCAGGUACGAGCAUCUUCAAUAAAUACAAAUGCACGCAGAAAUACUGUUGAUUUUGAUCGGUCAAAUAGAAUAAUCAAUCGAGCUUUUUCAUCAUCAGGUGCAACUAGUAGUGAAGGAAUUCAACUAAAUGCUGGUAGAGAAGCUAUUAAUCUUGGUGAUACAAGUUAUUCAUCAUCAGUAUCAAAAUUUAUUGGUGCUAGUGCUUCAGCUGGCAGUGUUAAUGCAGCCCAGGGUAGAUUUCACGUCGGUGAUGCUAAUCUUACCGCUACCGAUACUAACCGUAAUAGAAAAUUAAAUCAAAUGGAAUUUCAAAUAUAUAUUUAA